AUGGUGUCUCAUAUGGAUGAUAAAGACACAUCCUCCAACAAGGGGUCUCUGGAUGAUCUCUUUCCUACCGCAGAGGAAGAACAGUCACAGAUGUCACAGCCUCACCACAGUAGUGCAGCAGCUGCAGCUCAGCAGGGUGGCUACGAGAUCCCUGCCCGCCUUCGAACGCUCCACAACCUUGUUAUCCAGUACGCAUCACAGGGACGAUAUGAAGUUGCUGUGCCUCUUUGCAAACAGGCCUUGGAAGAUCUGGAGAAGUCUUCAGGGCAUACACACCCUGAUGUAGCCACAAUGCUGAAUAUACUGGCGUUGGUGUACAGAGACCAGAAUAAAUACAAAGAAGCAGCCAACCUGUUAAACGAUGCAUUGGAAAUCCGGGAGAAAACCCUUGGGAUGGACCAUCCAGCUGUGGCAGCAACGCUUAACAACCUGGCAGUGCUUUAUGGGAAAAGAGGAAAAUACAAGGAAGCAGAGCCGCUGUGUAAAAGAGCCCUGGAGAUUAGAGAGAAGGUCCUGGGUACAGACCACCCAGAUGUGGCCAAGCAGCUCAACAACCUGGCUCUGCUGUGUCAAAACCAGGGGAAGUACCAGGAGGUGGAGCAGUACUAUGAACGCGCUCUGCACAUCUAUCAGAGCAAGCUGGGACCAGACGAUGCUAAUGUAGCCAAGACAAAGAACAACCUGGCAUCAUGCUACCUGAAGCAGGGGAAAUACAGACAAGCUGAGGCUCUUUACAAAGAGAUACUGACCAGAGCACAUGAAAAGGAGUUUGGAUCUGUAGAAGGUGACGGUCGUCCGAGUUGGUCUGAAGGUGAUGAUGGAUGUUCCAGACAGGACGGACUCGGUAACCUGAAACGCAGCGGUUCCUUUACCAAACUGAGAGAGUCGAUACGCCGAAGUAGUGAGAAACUGGUCCGCAAGCUGAGAGGAGUCGAAAUGGAGGAAACGACCCCAAGGAAUGCUGGAAUGAAGAGGGCAAACUCACUGAAUGUCCUGAAUGUUGAAGCCAGAGACAGUCAAGAUGGCACUCAGUCGAGCCGUUUGAUAGAAAAUCGUGGCCUGAGCUCCAGCACACAGAGCCUGACGAGACGAGGUUCACUCGGUGGUACAAGCUAACACACACUUCUGUUUCUGUGAGGACACUGAUUUACGAAACGCAUUCCUGAGCUUAAAACAAAUUCACCACCACGAUCUCCAACAGCUGAGUGCAAGUUUUCAGAAUUCCAAUUGGGCCACAUAACUCCUAGGUUUAGGAAUAACUGAACUCGAGAAAGCACUUGGAGAGAGCCAAGUGCUUUCUCCCUGCGGGAAACUGAUUGGCCAUUAUUAUGGUACCCCCAUUAUUAUGGUCCCAUAAUAAUGGGACCAUAACCUCAAUCUCCAGAAAAUGUUGUCAAAAUCUUAGCAUUAAGGAAAAAAGCACUUAAAUAUAAACACAAAUCAGGCCUUAUUAUUAACAGGUUACCUAAAGUUAACAGUAAUGCAUUAUAAAAUGUAUGUCCCUCGUGCUAUUAUACCACUUGGGUACAUUUAUUAACAACACUAAAAUUAUAUAAUUUAUAAUAAAAAUUUGGCAUAGACAGCACAGAUUAUCUUUUUAAGAACAUGUUGUAAAUUAAUUUUUGUUGGCACAGAAUUAUUUUUUUUUACAUGAUAUUCAAAAAUAUGUAUGAAAAUGUAAAGGUUACAUUUGGUUUCCAUGUUUGGUUUCAAGGUAAAAAUGUUUGGUUUUUUGUCUUUAAAAUGUGUAGGUCAAUUAAUUUAAUACUUCCAUAUAGUUUGCAUCAAAGUCCAUUUAUGUCAUUCCAUUUUAUGAAAAUAUUUUUGUGACAAGUUAAAAAGAAAAGAAAAAAACAACACCACCAGCUCUACAUAAAAUUUGCUAUUUUUGUCAAUAAUACCUGAAAAUAUUUAGUGAGGUCCAAAAAACUAUGAUCUAUAUGAUCAUUUUUUUUUCUAAAUUUACAUAUUAAAUAAUUUAAGAUAUAUUGGUGUCUGAAAUUAUUGCUGUGUGCCUGAGAAAAUGUUUAGAUUGAUGUGAAAAAACUCACUUAAAGUAAUCAUCAGUAUGUUUAAUAUGUCUCGGCAACACAAGCUUAGACAGACCACACAGAUGCUACCUGCUCAGAGCCAAAAGCAGGAAACAAUUAGCAGCUAAAGGGUAAAGUGGAGUUAGGAGAUUAACUACUGGAUUACGGAGAUGGAAAUCCCAGGUGUAGACAAACUAUUUUAGAGUUUGUCUUUCUCAUGAAAGAAGCUUUAACAUUAACCAAAUAAAGAUCAACUGAGGCAUACCCAAGUGUAAUUUUAA